CGGGCAGAGGCGGGGCGCCCGCGCUUCCCGGCCGUCUCCGCCGCUCCCCGCCCGCACUCCCAGCUCCGGACGCCGCGCAGGCAGAGAGCAAAGAUGGGCAGCGAUAUGAUCCAGAUGCUGCCGGUGAUUUUGGACCAAGGUGGCAACCUCUAUUUCCAAGAGCAAGUUUUAGAAACAGACAGCUGGAGAAUGUCAGGAAAAUGUGAACCUGCCCAAGUCUUCAGAAGUCCUAAUAAUCACAUCCUCAUAGCACGCCCAAUUGACGAAGAUUUCCCUGCGGUAUUUGAACGCAGAACAGACCAGGAAAUUAGGAACGUAUCAGGAAUCAGAUUUGACAUCCACAGUUACCAAGACACCAAGCCAAAGGGACUGUGUGUGGCCUUCACAGUGGAAUUUAACAACCAGAUUUACCACAUGUGUGUGGAGAAAAAGGAAAGCAAAAUGAGGGUGAAUUUUAAGGAAGGGACAAUUCCCAAAAACAUCGAAGGAGACACCAGCAACAUCAUCUUUAUCAAAACACGGUUUUCGGGUGGCAGCCGGCAAUUUUACAAGUUCGAAUCUGCUCUGGAACGUGGCUAUUUCCUGGCCUUUGAGAGUGUCAAAGGUAGCUCUGAGACCGUCCUGGUGGUCAAGAAGGUAGAACCAGCAGAUGAAGUGGAUGAAUCCACCAAGCUCCACCACGCUACGCUCCUCUGACAAGGAAACCCAAGUAAAAUGUAGUGUAAAGGAAUGGUUGAUUUAGCCUCUAGAACAUAUUAUACAAUUGCUCACUUUCCCUGCUAAAUAUUUGGAAAACUGAUCCGUGGAUUUGUCUAAUUAACAGUAUCUAAAAUUGGGUGGGAUAAAUAAUUGCACUAGAAAAGCCACCCAGAUAUCCACGGCUUUGCAAGGAAUCUCAAUCAAUUACCAAAAAAGAAAUUAAAAAACUAGACAAUAGCCAAACAAAAAAUGCAAGACAAAUCUAAUGGAAUGUCAGCAUUUCAAACUUUAUCUAGGCUGAGUCUUUUUUUAAAUUGAGAUGUUAUAUUUUUAAUAAUAACUAAAAAAAUCAAUCCAAAAGUUUUGUUAUUUCUUGCAAGUAUUUUUGUAGGUCAUAAAACAGGGUGCAACUCAUUUAGCAACUGCUUUUAGCUACAGAAAUUAUGGUCCGAAGAAGUUUGUCCACUGGCACAGAUCUAUGAUUUGGAAAGUUUAGGUUUCCCAUUGUUUAAAAAACUAUCCUGGAUAUAUCAUCUUGAUAACCGAUUCUAGCUGUGCAUAAGUUUAUUAAUAACUGUAUUUUUUCCUCUAUUCAAAUGAUAUG